AGCUGCCAGCUAGCCAAUAGAAAGUUACGUUGCGCGCUACGCCGCUUUCGCGGGAGACUUGAUGUGGCUCGCGAGUCACGACGAGAUUAACGUUACAGCUCGAGAAGGCUUUCAAUAUUACAGCAUCAUGCGCCGCUCAGGGGCUCCCAGCCAGCAGAAUGGAAAUGCGACCAAGAGGCCCAGGUUUAUUGCCCCGGGGGCCGCCCAGUACAGCCUGGGUCCCAGGCCCAUCCCAGCAGCAGAGCAACCUCAGCUCAUGGCGUGCAACACACUUAACCAGGUACUGAAGUGUCUUCCUGAGCAGAAAUGUGAAACCCCUGUCCUGUCUAAUGCACUGGCAAAAAUUCUGAAUGCUGUUCCGCUGGGAGAGUCCAAAGAGAAUUGCACUGUGCUGCAGAAUUGCUCCCCUUUACCCAGCAGAGAGGAGCAUCCCCCAGAGGACAAACUCGGCACAGGUUUUGAGCACCCUUCGGUGGAUACCAGUCUGCUGCGUCCCAGCAGGCCUGGUGUUUCCCCGCCGGUUCAGGACCCACCGCGGGUGCUUCAGAUAGGUGAUACCGGGCCAGACUGCAGUGCCAGGUACUUCAGUGUGAUGUGGUGCAAGGCGUCCAAGAAGAAGCACAAGAGGUGGGAGGGGGAUGCGGUGCUGGUGGCUCGGGGGCGGAGUGUCAUCCUGAAGGACAUGGAGGGCAAGGACAUCGGGAGAGGCAUUGGCUACAAGUCAUCGCAGCUGGAGAGCCUGACAGAGGGCCAGUCUCUGAUGGUGGGUGGGAAGGAGGUGGAGGUGAUGGGCACCAUCUCCGCCGAGGAAUUCCGCAGCGGACGUUGCUUCCAGGAUGCGGGGACUGAGCCGUCAGUGAUGGAAGUGGUGGCCCCGCCCAUUCGAAACCCUGUAUCCAAGCCCUUCUCCAGACCCUCACUGAAGGGUGGAAUGGAGAACCAGAGAGCCUUGCCAACAGAGGGGCUGGCUUGUGGGCCUCGACACGACCCCCUCGCACCAGGGGCCCUGGUCAUGCCAAGGCCCACAGAGAACCACCAGUGGGUCUUCAACAAGGCUGGCCUGCCAGUGCUGGACGUCGUGGUGGACCCGCACCUCACCGGAUACCUCAGGCCCCACCAGAGAGAGGGGGUGGUCUUCCUGUAUGAGUGCGUCAUGGGAAUGAGGUCGGUUUCCCGGCACGGAGCCAUCCUGGCAGACGAGAUGGGCCUGGGGAAGACCCUGCAGUGCAUCGCGCUGGUGUGGACCCUGCUGCGGCAGGGGCCCUACGGGGGCCGGCCCAUGGCCCGGCGUGUGCUGGUGGUCACCCCCGGCAGCCUGGUGAAGAAUUGGGCCGCCGAGUUCCAGAAGUGGCUGGGGAGAGAGAGGAUCAACAUCUUCACUGUGGAUCAGGACCACAAAGUUGAAGACUUUGUGAACUCGCCCCUGUGCAGUGUCCUGGUGAUCAGCUACGAGAUGCUGCUGCGCUCCGUGGAGCAGGUGGAGCAGGUGGAGUUCAGCCUGCUCAUCUGUGACGAAGGCCACCGGCUGAAGAACAGCAACAUCAAGACCUCCUCGGCCCUCAGCAGCCUGGCCUGUCUGCAUAGGGUCAUCCUCACAGGGACUCCGGUUCAGAAUGACCUCCAGGAGUUCUUCUCCAUCAUUGAGUUUGUCAACCCAGGGGUGCUGGGCUCUUCUUCUGCCUACAGGAAAGUGUAUGAGGAACCGAUUCUCCGAUCCCGCCAGCCCUCCGCCACUGAGGAGGAGAGGCGUCUGGGAGAGGAGCGUGCCGCGGAGCUGGGCCGCCUCACAGGACUGUUCAUCCUGCGCCGCACUCAGGAGAUCAUCAGCCGCUACCUGCCAGCCAAGCAGGAGUGGACCGUCUUCUGCCGACCCGCUCCCCUGCAGCUGGAGCUGUACCGCCGCCUCCUGUCCCACCGCCUGGUCCGCGCCUGCCUGCAGGGGGCGCUGGAGAACAGUCCGCACCUGGCCUGCAUCGGGGCCCUCAAGAAGCUCUGCAACCACCCUGGCCUACUGUACGCCACCGUCCAGGAGAAGGAAGCUGCACGGGUGGAAGAUUCUGGAGCAGAGGUCUCUCUGUAUGAAGGCUUGGGGGAACUGUUCCCUGAGGCCUACUCCACUGGAGGCUUGAACAUCGCCGACUCCGGAAAACUUCUGGUCCUUGCAGAUCUGCUGGCUGCCAUCCGCCAACUCAGCCCCUCCGACAGGGUGGUGCUGGUGUCCAACUACACCCAGACCCUGGACGUACUGCAGGACAUGUGCUCUCACCUGGGCUACAGCUGCUGCAGGCUGGACGGACAGACGCCUGUGGCCCAGAGGCAGAAGCUGGUGGACCGAUUCAACGGCAGGUUCACCACAGACUUCAUCUUCCUGCUCAGCUCCAAGGCUGGGGGCGUGGGGUUGAACUUGGUCGGCGCCUCCCACCUGGUCCUGUACGACAUUGACUGGAACCCGGCCAAUGACAUUCAGGCGAUGGCCAGAGUGUGGAGAGACGGACAAAAGAAGACUGUACACAUCUAUCGGUUCCUCACCACAGGCACCAUAGAGGAGAAGAUCUACCAGAGGCAGGUGAGUAAGCAGGGUCUCUCUGGGGCUGUGGUGGGCUUGUCCAAAUGUGCCGAGCACAUCAGCUUCUCCAGCGAGGAGCUGCGCGACCUCUUCACCCUGCAUGAGGACUCGGAGUGCGUGACCCACGACCUGCUAAGCUGCAGCUGCCAUGGGGACGGCAAUCGGCCUGGUCCAGUUGAGGAGCCCAGACCCGUGGAGGAGAGGCCGUGUCAACUGGGUCGCCGUAGCGACAGGCGCAGCUCACAGAAGCACCUUACCAUGUCAGAGCUCAUGCAGUGGAGACACUAUUCGGGCAAGGUCCCCUCCUUCUCCGACGCCUACCUGGACAGGGCAAGGAACCACGUCUCAUUCGCCCUCCAGAGCACCACUGCCGAGGGGGAAGUCCCUUCCAUGCUAGGCUCCACCCGUGUCUGACAAAACUAGACCCAUAGCCUUCAUUUGGAAAGCCUUAAAAUUGCUCUCCACAAGGACUGUAUUGGAUGGACACAUUAAACAAUUGUUAUUUUUAAACAAUACUGUUUUGGAAUGUUUACUGAUGGAAACAUUCAUAGCUGUCAUAUUUUCUUAUUGUUGUCAGAAGUGUAUGAGAUUAUGUUUAGCCAUUAAAUAAAUAACUGAACUUAAAUUUGA